AUUAUAAUGCAAGAAGCCCCCUUUUUACCCACAAACCGAAUUUUCUUUCAUUUAGGUGAUCUAUAUAUAUAUAUCUAUAUCGUAUAGCUUAUAUCUAUUUUAAAUAACUUAAAGCCGCUAAAAUUUGGGGGGGAACAGCUUUCACCCUGGAGCGGUGCGCGAUGCUGUCUCACGCCGACCUCCUGGACGCCAGGCUAGGUAUGAAAGAUGCCGCCGAGCUUCUGGGCCACCGGGAGGCGGUGAAGUGUAGGCUGGGCGUGGGGGGCUCCGACCCCGGGGGCCAUCCGGGGGACCUGGCGCCCAACUCUGACCCAGUGGAGGGAGCCACUCUGCUGCCCGGGGAGGACAUCACCACAGUGGGCUCUACUCCGGCCUCGCUGGCGGUGAGCGCCAAAGACCCGGACAAGCAGCCCGGGCCCCAGGGCGGCCCGAACCCCAGCCAAGCCGGCCAGCAGCAGGGCCAACAGAAGCAGAAGCGCCACCGGACGCGCUUCACCCCCGCACAGCUCAACGAGUUGGAGAGGAGCUUCGCCAAGACUCACUACCCCGACAUCUUUAUGCGUGAGGAGCUGGCACUGCGUAUCGGGCUGACCGAGUCCCGAGUGCAGGUCUGGUUCCAGAAUCGACGCGCCAAGUGGAAGAAGCGCAAGAAGACGACCAACGUGUUCCGCGCGCCCGGCACACUGCUGCCCACGCCAGGCCUGCCUCAGUUCCCGUCGGCUGCCGCCGCCGCUGCCGCGGCCAUGGGCGACAGCCUGUGCUCUUUCCACGCCAACGACACCCGCUGGGCGGCGGCCGCCAUGCCGGGCGUGUCACAGCUGCCUCUGCCGCCGGCGCUGGGCAGGCAGCAGGCCAUGGCGCAGUCGCUGUCCCAGUGCAGCCUGGCGGCCGGGCCGCCGCCCAACUCCAUGGGCCUGUCCAACAGCCUGGCGGGUUCCAACGGCGCAGGGCUGCAGUCGCACCUCUACCAGCCCGCCUUCCCCGGCAUGGUGCCCGCCUCCCUCCCCGGCCCCAGCAACGUCUCCGGUUCGCCCCAGCUCUGCAGCUCCCCGGACAGCAGCGACGUGUGGCGGGGCACCAGCAUCGCCUCCCUCCGCCGCAAGGCGCUAGAGCACACAGUCUCUAUGAGCUUCACUUAAUGCAGCCGCGCCCCGGCCCUCUCCGCCCCCAGCACCGCCCCCAGCACCGCCCCCGGGGCCGCCCCGAGGCCCUUCCGGCGCGCACCCGAACCCCGGCGCCCUGCCCCGUCCCGCCCCGGCCUUCGCCCGGUCUCGUUUCGUCCUCGCCUCUCUCCUCCACUCGCUCGGGCUCACCCCAAGCCCCAGCCCGCGAGGCCUCCCCUCCGCCUGAUUUCGAUUGCCCGCGGUCCCCCGUCUCCCGGCCGCCCCUCUUCCCUUCCCACCCAGCUGUGCCCCCGGCCGGGUCUCCAGCGCCUCAGCCCACCCUUCCCGCCACCCCGGCCUCCCUGCUCGCGCUGGCCGUGCUCGCGCCCUCCUCCCCGCCUUCUGACUGGCGGCGUUCCCACCCACACCUUCGACGCGACGCCUACGACCCCCCUCGCCCGCCGCCUCCCCUCCGCUCCCCUCUUUCCCGACACUUCGCGCCCCUCCUCCCGCGCCCGGCAAAAAGCAUCCUUCCCGCCAUUUUACGUACCAGGGAGUCGACUCAGGAUCUGAAAUCAGACACCAAUGGACUGGUUUGUGGGCAGAAACACACACACUCGCACUCUCGCUCACGCUCAGACGCUACACACGCGCGCGCACAGACACGGUGCACCUAGGUCACACACGGACGUGUUCAAGGGACAGCACAAUGUUAGGGAUUUUUGUCUUAAAGGAGGACAAGCAUCUGCUACCAACCGCCUCAUCUGAGGGCCCAACUGAUAUAAUUUGAUUUAUCCUUGCACUCUCCGAGCUCCUGUCUUUCUUUCCUCUCCCAGCACGCUACCCUUGCCCAGUCCACCCAGUCACAUCCGUGCAGCCCUCUCUUGGCUUGCAAGAUAACGCUUUUAUUUUUAUUUUAUCUUAUUUUCAUUUUCUUAAGCACAACUGUGUAAGGGUGUAGAAGAGAAGGCUUCUCAGGAGGAACGUGACAGUGGAUUGGGUGGCUGGAGUAGACUAAAGCAGUCAUGUGACGAGGAAGAGGUGAUCUGACCCAUUUUGAUAAGUCUUUAUAAGAAAGAAAAUAAACGUGCAAGCAAAAUUUUCUUUUGUAAAAGCAAAAGCCACAUCUCUUUUCUGGAUCCUUCAGGACUGGGGUUUGUUUGCUUCCUUUUCCGUUUCUCUCUUCUCGCUGCUCUGUGCCCUUGGUUGUUUUGUGGUGGUCCUGUCGUCCCUCGUGCCCCUCGGCCACCUGCUGGCAGCCGAUGGGGCACUCGGACAUCUACAACCCUGCAACUUUGUACAGAGAAACACAAUCAGCUCUUUCUGCAUGUGCUGGUCAAAUCCAAACCCAGAGAACAGAAGCGCUUUCUAAGAAUGAACAAACAUGUGAAAUAGGAUGUUUUGUGUAGAUAAAGCAUUAUUGUUACAUACUGGUCAAUUUGUGAUAUGUUUUAACUUAAUGUCUGUGCUUAUUUAUGGAAUUCGGUUUUCUUAAUAAAUGUUUGAGCGAAUAUAAAGCAUAUUAUUUGACUUUUCCGGACAAGUUUAUAUCAAGUUAAAUGUAAAUGGAUAAAAUAAAAUCAUUUUCAGUAUGUGA